AUGAGCGGCAUUGGUGCGGUGCCUGCGUCGCGCUUCACACGCCCGCUUCCACACACGCCGCUCAACCACUUUCUGCGCCAGACCAAAGCGCUGCUCGCCUCGGGCGCGCUCGACAACGAAGAUGCCGUCUACGUCGUCACGCCACGCACGCCGAGCUUCGACCAGGCGGUAGCGGCGAUCGCGUUCGCAUUCCUACAGCAGCAGCUCGACCAGAGUGCGCACACGCAGCGCAGGUACGUGCCCGUCAUCUCGGCCGCACGCAAGACGUGUCUCGACGAGGAGCUGCCCGAGUUGGCACUGGCACUGCAGGCGGCACUGGUGGCCGCGGAGAACGUCGUCUUCGAGGACGACGAGGAGUAUAGGACGGUGAAUGCGUAUGCGUCCAAAAAGCGCGUGGUGCUCGUGGGCGGUGCGGCGGAGAUCAAGGGCAAGGAGGCGUGGAACGAGUGGCUGGAGCUGCACGGCGCACAGCUGUUUGGCGUCAUCGAUACGGACAAUACGCUGCCCACUGACAUCCACGAUGAACAGGGCGGCGUCAACGAGCGUCUCAACGUGGCGCUCUUCCCUCCACAAGCAGUGCGCGGUAGCGGAGAGGCAGAACCCAGUCUCGCAUCGCUCGUGGCGCUGUGGGCAAAGCAACAGCUCGCCAAUGCAUCCCGCGCCGACGAGGAGGUGCUGACGCGCGAGCUCGCCGACCUGCUCCUGGCGGCAGUGCUGCUCGAGACCGACAACCUCGCCGAGAGCAAGACGAACUCGGCCGACCUCGGUGCCGUCGGCUGGCUCAACCCGCGCUCGUCGUUCCAGCUGCAGAACCAGGACGACGCCUCCGUGGCCACGGAAGACCAGGAGGAGUCGGAGCUCAAUGACGAUGAGGCCAACACGCCCAACUUUGACGCAUACGUGCCGACGUUCCCGGACCUCGAUGCGCUGUACCGCGCGCUGCGCGCCGCAUCGCGCACGCCCGUCAAGCUCGCCGGCCUCGCACCCUCCGCUGCGGCUGCCGUGGACGACGGCGCGACGCCAGACCACUACGAGUGGAACCUCAUCACCAACACGCUGGCGAACCUCGACGAGGCGCAAAAGGCCGCGGUGCCCAGCAUGGUCCAGCAGACCAUCAAGGGUGACUUUGCCGACGUGCUCACUUCGGCUGUGGGCAAGAAGCUGCUGCGACCCCUUGGCCACAAGCUCGGACAGGCGCUCAGCAGCGGUGCGGGCAGCCUGGACCUGGCGGCGCUGCAGAAGGAUGUCGACCAGGCGGUCGGCGAGAUGGUCUCGGCGGGCAAAGUUGGGUUCGAGGCUCUGUGCGUGGCGAUCAGCGCGCUGCAUGCGUUUGUGCAGAUCAACUGGACGGGUCCCGAGCUGCCAGAAUCGCUCGAGCCGCUGGCACUGCUGCGCUCGACGGCGCCCGACGCAUUUCCGCCGCGCCCGCUCGAUGCAGAUGCGGAAGAAAAGGCCAACAAGGCCGCCGAGGGUCUGCUGCACCGUGCAUCGCUCGAGGCACUUGCAUUCAAGGGCGAGCCGGCGUACCACCUGUGCCGCGUGCCGGUGUUCCUCGUGCUGGCCAAGCUGCUGAUCGAGGCGCUGUUCGUGUCGUCCGAGAUGGAGACGGUGGCGUGGUGGAGGCUGCGCGCAUACACCGUGCACAGCCAUGUGCUCGACGAACCCGUGGCGUUUGGCAAGAAGGUGUUUGAGCCCGUCAACAAGCUGCGUGACGUGCUGGCUGCGCGUGCUGCCGCCACCAAGCCCGCGACGGGCGAGGACAAGAGCAAGUGGGCCGCGCUCGCGGCGAGGUUGAUCCUCGAGCGCGGCGUGGCGCUGCAGAGGAUCGGAAGCGACCGCGAGGCGGCCGAGACGUUCGUCGAGGCGGCGAGGCAGAACGGACUGGUGUACCGGAUGUCCGGUGCGCUCGGCAAGAGGACCAAGUUCCAGAAGGAGGACAAGACGCAGCUCAUCCUGCUCGCCAAGAGCGUCGUCGCCGACGGCGGCAAAGAGGACGAAGAGGCCGAAGGCGAGACAUCCACCACCGACAGCCAGGAGGGGGAGAAGGAGGAGCCGCUGGAGACGGGAUUUGCAGCCAAGGCGAAUCCGGAAGACCAGGUGGCGGGCAUGCCGUCGACAUUUGCGCUCAACGACGACACGCUGCUGGAGCAGACCAAGUUCACCUCGACCACCGCCGAUGCUGCCGGCACGGAUGAGCUGGGCACUUUGGAUCCGAACGCGCAGCCGGCGUUGGCGGUGCUGGAUCAGUGUACGCUGUUGGCGCUGUGUCUCAACAUCCGCAACACGCAGGCAGCGCACGGGCUGACGGCGAACCAGAUGGGCAUCUUCAUCGCGCGCGUCGUGUCGCACGCGCGCAACUGGACGGUGCACACCAUGUCGCUGCUGCUGCGUGCGCGGCUCGAGUCGACGCGCACGCGCACGGUGGAGCGAUCCGUCCUCCAGCUGCAGGCGCUGAUCGACCAGAUGCCCACCAACGACUCGAGCCUGCAGGAGCGGCUGAAGUUCUUCCACGCGUUGGAUUUGCCGCCCAAGUGGGAGAUGCAGGCGGAGCUCGCACGGCGCUACGCUAGUAUCGGCGUAACGCGCUCGGCGCUCGAGAUCUUUGAGCGCGUCGAGAUGUGGGAGGAGGUCGUGCAGUGUCUGGGCAUGCUCGGGCGGCAGCAGGAGGGCGUCGAGGUCGUGCGGGCCCUGCUGGACGGGACCAAGGUCGAGGCGGAUGUCGAGGUGUCCGCACGAAGACGCCAGGCAGUCGGGGCCAAGAGCGAGGCCCAGGCGGUCAUGUUUACACGCCUCGACCGUGCGCGCGAGGCCAAGCUGUGGUGUCUGCUCGGCGACCUCGAACCGGACGCGGCGCUGGCGCACUACAGCCAAGCAUGGCGCGUCUCGGCCUCCUCCUCUGCCCGAGCAGCACGCAGUCUGGCCGGCGUCCACUUUACGCAGCAGGACUUCGCACAGGCGGCCAAAUGGCUCAAGCUCGCGCUCAAGAUCAAUCCGCUCUAUACGCGGUCUUGGUUCAUCCUCGGAUGCUGCUACAUGCGGCUGGAGAAGUGGAAGGAGGGUGCGCAGUGUUUCCGGCGCUGCACGGCGCUCGACGACGAGGAUAUGGAGAGCUGGAACAAUCUUGCGAGCUGCUACCUGCGGAUGGUGGAGGGUGCUGCGGCGGCGAGCGAUGCUGUGGGCAUCGAGCGCAUGGGCAUGCAGGGUGGGCUGCCGGACAUUUUGGAGGCCGAGGAAGAGGCGGAGAGGGUGUGGGAUGCGGGUGCGCACAGUGACGACGACGAGGGGCUGAGCGAGUGGAGCGGCAGCUCGCGCUCGGACUCGGGCGUCGAGGUGUCGAGCGAGUCCGAGGCCGAGUCCGAAGCCGGCACCGAGACGGGGCUUCGCGAUCCGGGCGAACCGGGCGCAGCGAGGGGACGACGUGCGAAUGCAACCACGGCAUACUCGCUCAAGCUGCUGGCGCACCGGUCGCUGCAGCAGUCGCUGCGGUUCGCGCACGACAACUGGCGCGUGUGGUUCAACUACAUGAUCGUGUGCAUCGACGUGGGAUACCUGCUGGAAGCGACGCGCGCGAUGCAGCGCGUGGUCGAGAUCCAAACGCGCAGCAAGACGAGCGACUCGGACCGCGCCAAGACCGUCGACCUUGCUGUUCUGUCGCGGCUGGUGGAUGCCGUCACGCGCACGCCCAAGUCCGAGCUGGAAGCCGAAGUGGUUGCGGCGACGGAGGUGUACGAAGCCGCCAUUGGGCAGUACCGUGCCGAAUCGGGGGUUGCAGCACCGGUGCAGCCGAAGCUGGAUGUGAAUUCAGGCUUGGGGCUGUACCCGCCUGUGCGGCGCUUGUUUGACGAGACGCUGCUGGCGACGAUUUCGACGAGUGCGGGCAUCUGGAAGCUGUAUGCUCGGCUGCUUACGUGGAACGGCGAACGCACGCGUGCGGUCCAACACGCGCUGCUCAACUCGUACACUGCCGCUUUCGACCAAGCCGUAGCGGGGGAUUUGGCAUCGGACAAGCAGACGUUCGUCAGUGUGCUGCACGACCUGCGCAACUUGGUGGACGCACUGCUGGAGCUGGCGGACAACGAGACGGGCGAUCCGGAUGCACCCAAGCCAAGGUUCCAGGCACGCAGUCUGGUCCGGACGUUCCUCGCCAAGACGCGCGAUGCGUGGGACGCCGAACCCGAGUACGACGAGGCCAAACAGCUGCUGGAGGAGCUCAAGAGCUGA